AUGCUUCUACUUUUUCUUAUUGAUCUUACACUUCUGUUAGCUUCUGAAGAUCUCGUUUGUCAUCCGUUCCUAAGCGAAUUUUCGAUGCUACGUUUCCGUAUCACUGCGGAUCUUCAAUACAUUGAAUUGGCUGCAACGGAAAGAAUGCCGAAGCAAUGUCCAAGCUAUGAAGGAAAUGAAGAUUGCCUCCUAUGGUCUUUUAGCACUCAACACAAUGUCACCUCUGGUUAG